GCAAAAAAAAAAUGUCAGAAAACAAAAAAAAAAAGUUACACAUAACAAUGUUCCCAUGGUUUGCACUUGGUCACAUAAACCCAUUUCUCCAUCUUUCAAAUGAACUAGCUAAAAGGGGUCAUCAAAUCUCAUUUUUAUUGCCCAAAAAAGCUCAAAUCCAAGUAGAAAACACCAAUUUUCAUCCAAAUCUCAUCAAAUUUCACUCUCUUAAAAUUCCUCAUGUUGAUGGCCUUCCACUAGGCACAGAAACAGCCUCAGAGGUGCCCAUGUUCCUAACAAGUCACCUUGCCACGGCCUUAGACCAAACGCUCGAUCAAAUCAAAAUCUUACUCUCUAAUUUAAAACCGGAUAUUGUGUUCUACGAUUUCGCGUAUUGGGUACCGGAUAUUGCCUCUGAAAUCGGGUUCAAGACCGUAUGUUACAACGCUGUUUCUGCAGCAUCCAUCGCGAUCGCGUUAGUCCCCGCGAGAAAAUCAUGUACUAUUGAAGAAAUGAUGAAGCCGCCAAAAGGGUACCCUCCAUCAGAAGUAGUGCUCCGCGGACACGAAGCACGUGGACUUUUCACUGUAUUUCAAGAAUACGGUAGUGGUGUAACGUUUUUUGAACGUGUCACGACAUCAUUGGCCCGAUGUGAUGCUAUAUCAAUUUGGACAUGUAGGGAACUAGAAGGACCUUUUUGUGACUAUUUGUCUAGCCAAUAUAACAAGCCCGUGUUUCUAACCGGGCCCAUACUGCCCGAACCAUCAUCACAAGAUCGUCUAGACGAAAAAUGGGCUAAUUGGCUCCAACAGUUCAGGCCAAGGUCCGUCCUGUUCUGUGCUUUGGGGAGCCAAUUAGUUCUUGAAAAGGGUCAGUUUCAAGAACUCGUUUUAGGAAUUGAGUCAACAAAUUUACCCUUUUUGAUCACGGUAAAACCUCCAUUAGGUGUCAAGACGGUCGAGGAAGCCCUGCCGGAGGGAUUUGAAGAGAGGACUAAAGGAAAAGGAAUAGUAUGUGGAGAGUUUGUGCAACAAAUUGGGAUUUUGAAUCACUCUUCAAUUGGGUGUUUUGUGAGCCAUGGUGGGUUUGGGUCAAUGUGGGAGUCUUUGAUGAAUGAGUGUCAAAUUGUGCUUGUACCACAAUCUUGUGACCACAUCUUGCACACUAGGCUUUUGGCUAAUGAGUUGAAAGUUGCUGUUGAAGUAGAAAGAGAUGAAAAUGGAUGGUUCACAAAAGAGAAUUUGUGUAAAACUAUAAGAAGUGUGAUGGAUGAAGGGAGUGAAUUAGGUGAAUUGAUCAAGAAAAAUCAUGUCAAGUGGAAAGAGACACUAACAAGGCCAGGAUUCAUGAGUGGUUAUAUUGAAGAGUUCAUGAAUAAUCUGCACGAGCUCUAGAAGUUUUUAAACUAUUUGUUGGGUGUAAUGUAUUGAGGACAGAGCUAUAAUUCU